AUGGCCCAGUACCUUGCGAGCAGCCUCCGACCUGGCGCCUCUCUCGGUGAUCCAGCAGAAUGCUCCUUGUGUAUCCAUGGCAUAUCCCUCCUGCAAAACAUCCAGGGAUGCAUAUCCGACAGGAACCAUGUCCUGGGGCCCUUCAACAAUCGAUCUAGCAUACUCCCCUCUCCGCGGGACCCAGGCCACGACGUGAAUCCCAACUCGGGUAUCCUCCCCUAUAUAGCUCAGGCCGCCGAAGCUUGGCAGAUGGCUCGGGUAUAUGCCGCAUCACACGUUGGCCCCGACGAGCCUCCGCCGUGGGACCCCCAGUCUGACUACUCGCUCAUAAUGCUGCGUCACACGGAGCUUGACUGCCAGUAUCCCGUCAAGUAUCGAUUUGCCACUAAUAACUUUGGGGGCCUCACUCCUGAGGCGCUGCAGCAACGGAGAGACUACUGGGGCCCGUGGCUGUUUCAUCAAUUUAUCUACUCGGCCGUCCCAGCCCUCGUCAACCACCCUUUCUUACUGUCGAUGCGAUUAAAGGGGUUCCGGCGCAUGAUGCCGCAAACCUUCAUUCACCAGUCUUUUGAUCAGAUAUCCAGGCAUAGCACCUGGAUUAUUUGCUUUAUCGACCUCGUGGAGAAGCAGCAGUUUCAGGUGUCAGACCCAGUGGUCGCACACUGCGUGGCUAUCGUAGCAACCAUUCACUUGCAGCACAGCUUUGCCAAGGAUGAUGUGCUGCGUCAGAAGGCACAGAAGGGGUACGAUAAGUGCAUGAGUUUUCUGGACCGUAUGGGCUUGAUCUGGCCUUGCGUUGCUUCAAUGGCAUGUCAGAUUCCUUCCGUUGGAGAUGAAGAAGCUAAUCUUUGUCCCCAGGCGCAAAACUUGCGUAAACUGCAAGACAGCAUCACCAUGAUUCCGUCUGUUUCUGGCCAAGGCACUCAUGCCAGCGAGCCUCAGAUGUCAUGGUCAAUCGAUGCUCAGCUGCUCUGGGAUAUUCUUAUCUACGAAAAGGCAGUCCGCAGCAACGCGGCCGCGGACAAGUCCCUGUUUGGCGAGCCCAUCACCUUGGAGGCCGACCAGCGCGAGCAAGACAUUUCAGAGUUUGCCAUGGUUGGUUCUGCUGGAAUCUCAGGCCAUAAGACGGUGCCUAAGGAGGUCACAGCGUAUGCCCCAGAAGAUAAUGGAAGUAAUAUCAGAAUCAACCACUCAAGCACGCCGGCUGGGACGAUGGUGGGUGGGUUAAAUGUUGCUGAGGACCGGUUCUUUGAGAGUUUUGGAGAUAUGAACCAGAUGAUGGGCGAGGACAAUUCAUUCUUGCAGGCUGAAGACUGGGGGAAGGCUAUUGACAAUUGGUUCAACUUUGACAUCUCCUAA